AUGCCUUAACUCUUUUAUUAGAUUUAGCUAUCAUUUGUCGUAUUGAUACUAUUAGCUGGUCUCCCUACUUUUGCUUAAUAGCAGAAUACUAUUUAGUUUGGAGAAACAAAGACACAAACCAACAAUUAUAAUUUCAUAGAAUUGGAAAAUGAGAAGCAUCAAGGAGCUAUCAUAAAACCUUUAAUAGAUCCGAAAUCCUACAAAUACAUUGAACUGGAAAACAAGUUAAAAGUGUUACUUAUACACGAUCCGAACUCAGAAAUUGCCUCUGCAGCUAUGGAUGUGUCAGUGGGAUCUUGGAAUGAACCAAGUGAAUAUCCUGGUUUAGCACAUUUUUGUGAGCAUAUGUUAUUUGUUGGCUCUGCUAAAUAUCCUAGACCUGAUUAUUUCGAUGAAUUAUUGGCAAAAGGAUCUGGAAGUUCUAAUGCAUACACUGAUGCUACAAAUACCAAUUAUUAUUUCGAAAUAACAUCAUAAUACUUAGAUAAAGCUUUAGAUACAUUUGCUCACUUCUUUAUAGACCCUCUUUUUAGUGAAGAUUUAGUGGAAAGAGAGAAAAACGCUGUCAACUCAGAAUAUGAGAUAGACGUAUCCUCAGAAGAUUGGAAAAUCUAAAAUUUAUUUACAUUGUUUGCUGAUCCUAAACAUCCUGCUAGUAGAUUCAGUUUAGGAAAUAAUGAAGUGUUGAAAAAGAAGGGUAUUGAAAAUGCAUUACAAUCAUUUUUUGAAUAAUAUUAUUCCUCGAACAUAAUGAGUUUGGUUAUUUAGAGUAGAAUCAGUUUGUAAGAAAUGGAACGAUUGAUUAAACCUUUUAAUCGUAUCAAGAAUUAAAAUUUAUAACCUCCACAAUUCCAAGCAUUUCCAUAUUAAUUUGGAAUUUUAUGCAAAUAUAAAACUGAAAAAGAAUAAUUAACAUUAAAUUGGCAGCUUAAAGGAAGAGAAAAGUUUACUCAUUAAAAGCCAAUUGAAUUUUUAGAUUACAUCAUAUAAAAUGGAAAUCUAAUAGAUUACUUGAAGGAGUAAAAUUUAAUUAUCUCACUUUCUUCUGAAGUUUUCAUGGAAGAGUCCUCAUUUACAAAUUACAUGAUGGAGAUAGUUUUAACAGAGAAAUCUAAAGAGAAUGAGGAAGCUGUUGCUGAAAUCACUAAAAUUAUAUUCAAUUACAUCUAAAAAUUAGAAGAGUGGUUAUCUGAUGAUGAAUAUAUCAACCAAGUGUUCAAGGAGCAAAGCAAAAUUUCUAAAUUGAAUUUCAACUAUCUAACCUAAUAAUUGGAUACUUCAACUAUGGCCAAAGUUUUAAACAGAUAGAAAUCAAAGGAAGUACUCUCCUCAGAAUUCAUUAUGGAGACUUUGGAUAAGGAUUUAAUAUUAGAUUAUAUAGGAUAAUUAAAGAAUACAUAAAAUUUAAUCAUUUUGAUAGGCGACCAUCAAUAUUCUUAUACAAAUGAAAAAGAAGAUGAUAACAAGAGUAAUAAAUAAUUUUUAUAGGAUAAACUGCUAUAUGAAAAAAAUAAUUUAUAUAGACUUGUAUAUUCAAAAUAGAAAUUUGAUGAGCAUUUUAUUAAUUUUAUAUCUAAACAGGAUGAAAAACUAUAGGAUAUGUUUGAAAAACCUUAAUAAAAUGAUUUUAUUCCAGAGAAUGUGGAAUUAAUUUCUUUAUGUGAAUCAUCGGAAUCCAAAUUACCUAAAAUAGUUCAUUCUGAUAAAUUAAAGACUUUGGAUUAACAAAGUAAAUUAAACUUGUUUUUGAUGGCAGGUUAAGAUCUAAAUCAAUAUAGUGAUGAGUAAUGUUCAUUAGAAGAACAUAAAUACUAAAAAUAAAAUCAUUAUCCAAUUUUACUUAACAAAGAAUAGCAAGAAUGGUGGAAGAGUUAAACCUCCUAUAAAGUGCCUUUUAUUUUUGGGGCUUUAUAAAUGAAGUAUCAAAAAACUUUAAGUUUACGACAAUUCACUUCAUUAAGGUUGUAUAACUUUAUGGCAGAUGAGGUCAUAUCAAAGGAAUUAAAAUUACCUUUAUCUUCUGGAUAUUCUUAUGAACUGGAUAUGAAUAAGAAGACUCAAAUAAAGGUUUAUGGAUUCAGUGAACAUGUGAGAAAUCUAUUUAAAAAACUAUGUUCCUGUUUGAAUCCAUUUAGAGAUAAAUCUAAAAGUUUCCUUGAACUUACCGAAUCAAAAAGAUUUGAAAUAGCCAAAUAAUCAUUACUGUUGUCAAUUAAGAAUAUGUAUUAGGAUAAUUUAUUUGAAUAAGCCAUUUAAAUAUAUUUGCCCUAAUUAUUAUAAAAAGAUUCUCAUGAUCCUGCUAAAGUAUUGGAAUAAAUUGAUUAAAUUACAUAAUAAGAAAUGCUUAAAGAUGUUAGAGACAUCAUGAAUAGUGUGUAAUAUUCUAGUUUGUUUAUUGGAAAUCUUGAUUAGUCUGAGGCAACUAAGAUAUCGGAUGAGGUUCAAUCAUGUACAAAAAAUAAAGAAUAAUCAUCUGUUUCGGAUAAUAUUUAAGAUAAGGUAGCAAUCAUAAAUUUAAAAGGAAAAAACCUUAUUGAUUCGAGAUUUAUAGAAUCAGGGAAUGAUGAUGAUAUUAAUGGUGUCACUUUAAAUUAUUAUUAAAUUGGAUAAAGAAAGUAAAUGAAUUAGGCAUUUAUUAAAUUAUUAGAACCAAUUCUAAAUCAAUAAGCUUAUAAUUAUUUACGAACUGAUUUAUAAUUAGGCUAUGUUGUAGCAGUAGAAUUUAAAACAACAGCCUGUGUAGAUGGAGCUUUGAUUUUAGUGUAAGGAAGCACAGAAAUACCAAUGAAAGUGAAUCAAAUUAUUGAUGAUUUCUUGGAUAAGUUUUCAGUCUAUUUGGAGUAAAUGAAUAAUAGAGAAUUUCAACAUCUUAAACAUGGAGUGAUUACUGAUUUAAAGGAAAACCCAUAAAGUUUGAGUGAAGAAGGCGAUCGCCUAUGGAAAUAUAUUAGUGCUGGAACUAUUGAAUUUGAGGACAGAUAAGUUGCAAUUGAAAAAAUAAAAAAAAUAUCAAAAUAGGAAUUGCUUGAGUUUUAUAGAAAUUCAUUCAUUAACAACAAAUCAAAGUUAAGUUUACAAUUAUAUGGAUAAGGUAUGGUAACAUAGAUGAUGAACUUGGAGACUUAGUCUGAGUUUAACGAAUUUGUAUCUAAUACAAAGCCUAAAGAUACGGAAUUGUUUGAUCCCCUUUAAGCAUCUUAUUAUUAAUGUGAGUUUGAAGCUACUUAAAUUUGA